CCGUCGAUCGCGGAGAAGAGCACGACCGUGUACGUCGGCAAGAUAGCCUCGUCUGUGCCUGACUCAGUGGUGCGGACGCUUUUGGACGCGUGUGGGCGUGUGAAGUCGUGGAAACGGCAGAUGGACCCCGACACAAAGCAGCCCAAAGGCUUUGGGUUUUGUGAGUUUGAAGACGCGGAGGGAGUGCUGCGGGCCAUGCGGCUGCUGAACGGCCUUAAACUUGAUGGACAGGAGCUCCUGCUCAAAUGCAACGCGGCCACACAGAAAUACACGGAGCAG